UAUAAGGUGAAGGGCGGUGAAAGGGGAUCGGACGUCAAAACUCCUCGUUGUUGCUCCUGUCGAGGGAGAUGGUCAGUAAAAUUACCUGAAAUUAAUAGGAGAAAAAGAAUGAGCGACUUCUUGGCGGCUAAUAAUGUCUGCGGGCAAAACUUGCUGCGGCUGGUGUCCCGUGGGAAUGCAAUCAUAGCCGAACUGAUGCGACUGAAGGAUUAUGUACCGCCGGUCUUCAGCUUGGAUUCAAAGCAACUGAUACAGAAGUACGGAUCGAUUAUAAUUGACUUUGCAUACUUCAAGGCAGCCAGUGUUUACGAGCAAAAGAUAGAGGAUGAUUUGACACUCCAAGAAACCGACGAGGAGCUCCGGAAUAACUUUUCAGACAUACUCGCAAGGUUUUACUUGGCUUUCGAGAGUAUACACAAGUAUGUCACAGACCUGAAUUUUUACAUCGAUGAGUUGGGGGACGGAGUUUACAUACAUCAGUCGGUAGACUCUAUUAUGUUCAACGAGGAAGGGAAACAAUUAAUGUGCGAAGCCGUAUACCUGUAUGGUGUCAUGCUGCUGCUGGUCGAUUAUCAUUUUGAGGGCCGAAUACGUGAGAGAUUGCUCGUGUCCUACUACCGAUACAACGCCCAGCGGUCUUCCUCGACUAGAGUGGAUGACGUUUGUAUGCUGCUCCGUUCAACAGGAUACGUGAGGACGUUGUCCAAGAGACCGGCUAAUUAUCCUGAGGAAUAUUUCAAGAGAGUACCUUUGCAAGACUUCCUGAUCGAUUUGGUCAUUGGUCGGCUGCGCUCGGACGAGAUCUACAAUCAGACUCUCGCCUUCCCGCAUCCGGAGCACCGCAGCACCGCCGUGGCCACGCAGGCGUCAAUGUUAGUCAUAAUUUUGUCAUUCAAGCCGACCGUACUGCACGCGCAGACUGCCAUUAUGAGGGAAAUAGUGGACAGGUUCUUCCCCGACAAUUGGGUAAUCAGUAUUUACAUGGGGACAGUGAUCAGUCUGUGCGAUUGGUGGUCACCGUACAAAGCUGCGCGUACGGCGUUGAAUAACACACUCGAGAAUUCCAAUGUGAAGGGGAUUGCGCAGAAGUACGGGGCAAAGAUGGACAAAUUGACGCAAGAGACCGAAGAGGUGCAGCUGGCGGGCACGCUGGACGAAAGCGCGACGGGUUCGCUAGUCAAAUUGGUGAGAGAGUGCAACGUUACGUUGCACUGGAUUCUUCUGCACACCGCCACGCCUACCAUAGCGUUAGAGGACUCGAAACGUUCGCGUACUCUACGUCAGUUGGUCGUGAUGGAGAGCAAAUAUACCACAGUGAAAUGUCUUCGUUUACUACUAAGCACCGCUCAAAUCGAACAGGAUGUUAAACAGAUGUAUAAAGAUCUCUUGCUCGGAAAAGAGGCCAAGUGGCUGAAGGAUAAAGGGAUAUGCGUCGAACGUAUAACCGAUCUCGCGCAAAUUUUUGGUGGCGCCAAACCUCUCGACGGCAUUGACAAAAACCAAAAUCUUUACACGUGGUUCAUGGAAAUAAGUAAACACAUUGAUUCGCUGAAGCAGGAAGAUGGGCGAAAGAUAGUACAAUUGCUGCAAGCGUUGGAACAGGUUCAGGAAUUUCAUCAAUUGGAAAAUAAUCUACACAUUUCGCAGUAUCUCGCUGACACGCGCGAGACGCUACACAAUAUGCUGCGCACGGGCAGCAUAUCCGAGGACAUCAUGAUAAGCUUAAACAUCGUGACCGAUUGUUGCUACGCGUGGAAUAUUAUGGAAUCCUUCAUCGACGUGAUGCAGGAGAGCAUAAAGGGCAACCCGCCGACCGUCAUCAAACUGAAAGCUCUUUUCCUUAAAAUGGCAUCGGCAUUGGAAACUCCACUGCUGAGGGUAAACCAGGCACGAAGCGCGGACCUGUCCUCGGUGUCCCAGUAUUACAGCAGAGAACUGGAGGGAUAUGCGAGGCGUGUCUUGCAAAUUAUACCCGAAACCGUGUUCGGUUUGUUGGCGGAGAUAGUGCAUCUCGAGACGAAUUCGUUCAAGGAGAUCCCGACCAAGUUACCCAAGGAUAAACUUAAAGAUUACGCACAACUGGCUGAAAGAUUACAGAUGGCGAAAUUAACGUACGCCGUGUCGGUUUUCACAAAAGGCGUUUUGUCGCUGAGGAGCGUUUCUUUGGGAGUUCUACGGGUCGACUCGCAUCGUCUCCUGGAGGACGGUAUACGCCAGGAGCUCGUCAAGAAGGUCACUUUGGCUUUGCAGAACGGCCUCAGCUUUGAUCAGAAGUCCAAGACGUCUCUUCUACAGAAGCUGAGCAAUUUAUCCUCAAUUAUGGACGGAUACAGAAAGUCGUUCCAAUACAUUCAGGAUUACAUUAACAUAAACAGCCUGAAGAUAUGGCACGAGGAAAUCACGUAUAUUAUUAACAACGCGGUCGAGGAAGAACGUAGGGGCUCUUCCUGGCUACCGGGAAAAUCGUGGAGGCAGUUCCAGGAAGACAAACUCGCCCUUUCAACGGACAAUAACUCUUUAACGUUCAUGGGUAGACUCGCCAGGGAGCUUAUCCGCAUUACCGAUCCCCGAACGAUCGUGUACAUAGAACAUUCUCUAGCAUGGUACGACAUUAAAACGCAGAACGAGGUCUUAAAUUACAAGGUUUUCUCGAUGAUAUUAGAAACGAUAGGCACACCGGGAUUGUCGGGACUGGACAAGCUCGUCUCCUUCUUCAUUGUCAUAGAACUGGAAGCUUUGGUUCAUUAUAUAGAAAAGAGCAUACGGAACAAAACGUGGGUGUCGUUGUUGGAAGAUUGUGAGGCCACUUUGAGUUCUUUGGACAGUGCUAAAGGUAACAUCACGAAAUUUCACAAUUCUAUAAGCGCUAGCAGCAGCAAAUUGUGGUCGUCGGCGCUCGAGUGGACGUUGAAAAUAGGCCACUACCAAUUACUCAGGAAAAAGAUAGCGUACGAGCUGAACACCGCGUGUAAAUUCGAGGCGAAGCAUAUGGAAGCGGCGCUUCGUACAUUAAACACGGCCGUUUUAUGCGAGAUAGCGAAAAAAGAUAGCAACAACGAGAGCGAGCCGGAGAGAAGCGAAUUACUUCACGAACUUAGCGUGCGUCUGGAUUGGGCUGGCAUCAGCGAUCCGCACAACAAAGUUUAUAUCAAGCCACCAAAGAUCGAUAACAUAGCUAUUAUUAUUUUCCUACUGACGGUGUCGCAAUUGAAUAAAUUAUUCUACUGCAAAAAUACAGCAAGUCUGUUGAGCAAGAGAUAUCAGGAUCCCGUUGACGCUGUGGUAUUUGCCUUAGGAAUACAAACGAUUCUUCGUCAAUUCCACGUUUCUGUGAUGAAUCGUUACGUGAAAUAUCUGUGCAUGUACAUCCUGUCGUUUAUCACCGUGGAGAGUAUGAAAGCGGGAGGAGAUGCAGAAACUGAAGGAGCUACCAAUCUCCAUUUCUUGGAGCUUUUCGUUAAAUACUCUGGCAUUCCGCGUUCUCUUAUUCUUAAAGAAAUACCCGUCGUCGUUUUAGAUCACUCCCUCGUCAAAAUGACAAAAUGACGCUGCAUCGGAAACUCGUGAAAUAAUAUUGCAAAUUAUAAACGAUCAUACAUAUUAUUACAUAUAUUCCUACAUUGUAAAGAUGUAUAUAUAU